GUGGACAGCAGCCGGCUCGGGAGACCCUGCCCUAGGAGCUGGAGCGGAGGGACAGCCCAGCAGAGCCCGGCACCAUGAACGACGUGACCAUUGUGAAGGAGGGUUGGUUGCACAAGCGAGGAGAGUACAUCAAGACGUGGCGGCCUCGGUACUUCCUGCUUAAGAAUGACGGCACGUUCAUUGGCUAUAAGGAGCGACCACAGGAUGUGGACCAGCGGGAGGCCCCCCUCAACAACUUCUCCGUGGCUCAAUGCCAGCUGAUGAAGACAGAGCGGCCCAGGCCCAACACCUUCAUCAUCCGCUGCCUGCAGUGGACCACGGUCAUCGAGCGCACCUUCCACGUGGAGACCCCUGAGGAGCGGGAGGAGUGGACCACGGCCAUCCAGACGGUGGCAGAUGGGCUCAAGAAGCAGGAGGAGGAGAUGAUGGAUUUCCGGUCAGGCUCACCCAGCGACACCUUGGGGGCUGAGGAGAUGGAGGUGUCCCUGGCCAGGCCCAAGCACCGUGUGACCAUGAAUGAGUUUGAGUACCUGAAGCUCCUGGGCAAAGGCACCUUUGGGAAGGUGAUUCUGGUGAAGGAGAAGGCCACCGGCCGUUACUACGCCAUGAAGAUCCUGAAAAAGGAGGUCAUUGUGGCCAAGGACGAGGUGGCACACACGCUCACUGAAAACCGUGUCCUUCAAAACUCCAGGCACCCCUUCCUGACGGCCCUGAAGUACUCCUUCCAGACACAUGACCGUCUCUGCUUCGUCAUGGAGUACGCCAAUGGGGGCGAGCUGUUCUUCCACCUGUCUCGGGAGCGAGUCUUCUCCGAGGACCGGGCCCGCUUCUAUGGUGCGGAGAUCGUCUCAGCCCUAGACUACCUGCACUCAGAGAAGAAUGUGGUCUACAGGGACCUCAAGCUGGAGAACCUCAUGCUGGACAAGGACGGGCACAUCAAGAUCACGGACUUUGGGCUCUGCAAGGAGGGCAUCACGGACGGAGCCACCAUGAAGACCUUCUGCGGCACACCGGAGUACCUGGCCCCCGAGGUGCUGGAGGACAACGACUACGGGCGCGCCGUGGACUGGUGGGGGCUGGGCGUGGUCAUGUACGAGAUGGUGUGCGGCCGCCUGCCCUUCUACAACCAGGACCACGAGAAGCUCUUUGAGCUCAUCCUCAUGGAGGAGAUCCGCUUCCCGCGCACGCUCGGGCCCGAGGCCAAGUCCUUACUCUCGGGGCUGCUCAAGAAGGAUCCCAAGCAGAGGCUCGGUGGGGGCGCCGAGGAUGCCAAGGAGAUCAUGCAGCACCGCUUCUUCGCCAACAUUGUGUGGCAGGACGUGUAUGAGAAAAAGCUCAGCCCGCCCUUCAAGCCCCAGGUCACGUCAGAGACGGACACCCGGUAUUUCGAUGAGGAGUUCACGGCCCAGAUGAUCACCAUCACCCCACCAGAUCAAGAUGACAGCAUGGAGUGCGCAGACAGCGAGCGCCGACCCCACUUCCCGCAGUUCUCCUACUCGGCCAGCGGCACGGCCUGACCAGGCGGCAGGCAUGGCCUGGACUGGGCCGGAGGCAUGCCAACCCCACCCCCCUGCGCCACGUGGUGUACUCUCUCGAGCAGCUACCUGCGAGCUGGUCCGGAAGCUGCGGCCCUGCGGGUUUUCUUAAUUUAUUUCAUCCAGGUUGUGCUCCAGCCAACAGGGAGAUCUCUGGGAAGAGGGAGAUCUCCGGGAACAGGUCCCAGGUCUGGCCUGUCCCUGUCCCGCACUUAGGCCACGCUCCCUGGGCUGCCGAGGCCCAGCCCAAAUCUUAGAGACAGGAAUGGCUCGCGGCCCGCCUUCCCGUUAUGUCCUACUGUUACUGCCCCCUCCCACCCCCACCCAAGACCCCCACAUAGCACUUGUCCUUCUUAGAGGCUUCUGUUUCCACUGGGCGUAGCGCCCACCCCAUCCAGGCUGACCCUUCUGAAGGGGGCCCAACCCUCCACGCCCCAGUUGGCCACCCAUGUUGCUCCCUGGCGUUUUUUUACAACAUUCAACUUUAGUAUUUUUAUUAUACUAUGAAGCUCUUCCUCCAAAUUCUUCAAUAAAAACAGCUUUUCAAGUUG